AUGUCCGAAGCUCAACUCAUCACGUCGUUGGCUUCUCACACAGUGUUCUCCUCGGUCUCCUCGGUCUCCUCGUCCACCAUGCCCGCAGGAAUCCCAGAUUGGCGACUCAAUCCCUGGCAAUGGGUCGAUCAGAUCGUGGAGAAGAGUCAGAGCUCGCCGAAUUCGGUGUCCUGGUCCGACCAGGUGGACGAAUUCUUCGACUCCAAACUCCAAACUCCAGGGGUGUGUUCGAUUCCGGGCCAUCAGAUCGUGGAGAAGAGUCAGAGCUCGCCGAAUUCGGUGUCCUGGUCCGACCAGGUGGACGAAUUCUUCGACUCCAAACUCCAAACCCCAGGGGUGUGGCACGAGUUGCCCUCGCUCAACGACACCCCGGUCCAUGAGCUUCAGGACGGACAAUUAGUUCGAUUCCGGGCCAUGGUCCAAGAUAACUUUGAGACUGAGUUGUACUUGUCUCAAUUCCGAGUCCGAGACCUGAAUUCAGGCCGGAUUCGAUGGGUGACCUCGAAGUACCGAGAUUUGGUAGCUUGUGGUCCCCGUGAAGAGUUAUUAUCCGAUGAGUCGGACCAAGUGGUUCACGGGGAACGGCAGAGCUUUUAUUGCGUGUCCGUUCCCGGCGAGGCUGCUUGGGCCGCCGAAGGAUUCCGUCGUCGCUCUGAUUCGGCCUCGCCGAUUCCGUCUACGUCCAAAAUGGGCAACCACCUCAAGCGUAGAAACACGGUAGACGAUGCUAUGGAGAUGGCAGAAUCAGAGGAGUCGAGCAAGCGGAUUCGGACUCAAGCUCAUCCGAAUGGAGCGGCUUCGGACUCAACAACGGGCUCUAAUAAUAGCCUGAGUCUGAAUUUGCCCUUGCCCGAUGCCCAAGGGAAGGCCGCCAUUAUCAAGUUCUACAACUCUAACGCCAGCUUUUCCAUUAAUGAUGUGUACGAGUUUGUGGGCAUCAUCUCCUUGGAUCCGAGUUUAGCUUCUAUGCCACAUGAAGGGGACAUGGAACAGGACUAUUUCGAGCAGUUCAAUCAACAAGAGCGCCUGGUUCAAUCACCUCCACCAUCCCUGAUCCCUCGGUUACACGUGAUCAAGCAGAAAGUCGUCCUCCACUCCAAUCCUAACCUGACGGAGAUGUCGACCGUUGUUCCAGAGAGUGCCACCGAGUCCUUUCUAAAAUGUCGGGACUCGUUGCAUGAUAUCCUAAAGAAAGUUCUUUUGGGCGAUGGCCUUGCCGCUGAUUACCUGAUGUGUCACUUGAUGGCCAAGAUCUACAAACGUCAACAUGGACUAGUGUUGGGCAAGUUUGCUCUGAAUGUGUUUGCAGUGCCCAUGGAACAGAACUAUACUCACCGGCUUACCACCUUCCUCCAGCAGUUGAUUAGCAAAUCCCAUUAUCUGGCCCUCACCAUUGAGGCCUUGAAUAAGCUCAGUUUCUUUCCCAAGAAAGAUCACCACGCGAAUCGACUCAUUUCAGGAAUGCUCCAGCUCUCCAAGCACACGCAUUUGAUUCUGGACGAAACCAAGAUGAACCAAGGUCAACUUACCCCUGAGGGACUCAAUAACUUGAAAGCCUUGGGUAACCUAAUCUCGUGGCAAAAAGUGGAUUAUGAUUUCAGCUUCCAUCAAUUGCCGUUUGAGAGUGAUUGUCCGUGCUUGAUCCUCUCUGAAGGGCGAACAAUGCUGCCAAGCGAUUUUCAACUUUUGCUCAAACCCACCGUAGAAGUUACCCCCGCCUCCAUCGAUGAAAGCUUGCUUAGCGCCAAUGCCGCCCUGUCUUCAGAAAUCUUGACCCAUCUUCGAAACUUCUUGACUCAAGCCCGAUUUCUAGACUGGAAACUCACUGCCGAUAUUGAGGCCGGAAUUGAACAAGAUUUUGUUCAAUUGCGAGCUGAAGAUCCCACGAAGUUCACCCCUGAAGAUUUACACGACCACUUGGUGCUAGCCAAACUCAUGAGUCAGAGUUAUGGGCUCAAUAACUUGGACCAUCACGUGUGGACCAAGGUCAAGGCCAUGGAACUCGAGCGCAAAGAAAGGCUUGUUCAUCUGCCACCACGUAAUCGUAAUGGCGGCUUGCUUGGACAAGAAUAGAAACCUCCUCAUUCAAACAUUUUGUUCUUGUAUCUAUAUGAAACUCAUGUCGUUUUAUACUUUGUCUAUAUAAUCUCUCGCCAAACACGGUUUGCAGCCAACUCGUUUUCUCAUUUCCGGCACUCUUUCAG